AUGUCAUUUUAACGAAUUAUCAGCAAAUCUCCUUUAAGGACUUAAUCUCAUUCAACAGCAAAUUUUAUCUCAGAUGAUUAAAAAUAUUCAACAUUCAAGUACAACAGCAUUCAUCCAACUUUCUAACCUUAAAUAUAUAAUCAACUUGAAGAAUUGAGAAUAUAUAAAUGUAAGUAUCAGGAAUAAGUUAAAAUUAUUGAAAAUCAGCAUUUAUAAAUCUGUGAAAUGAAGUAUUCAUAUCUUAAAAUUUAGAUAAUUCAUUUCAGAUUGUUAAAUUAGUUUAUUGAAUUUUAAAUAAUAAUUAGAAGAUUAAUUGUCUAUUAAAGAAAAUUAUGAUAAAGAUAUCAGACAACUGAAUCAAUUAAUUACUUCUUUAAAAUAAGAGAAUUAGCAAUUGAUUUAGUUAUAUAAUGACAAAAAAUAAGAAUUAGAGGAGCUUACUUCUAAUAAUUAAUUUAUUAUUAAUGACUUUAACAAACAAUUAGAAAAUACAUUGAAAGCUCGUAUAGAAAAUGAUAUUAAAGAGAUGCAUAACAAAUACCUAAGGGUAUGAGUCUUAGUCAAGCCUAUAGGAAAUCCAAGUGUUAAAGGCAAAACUCUUAGAAUAAGAAAAAGUAGUUCAAAAUUAAGAAGUUAUUAGAUUAUUACAAAAGAAAUGUGAGGAAUUAAUUUAAGGAAUCGAAUAAAAAAAUAAUUAUAUUGAUGAUUUACUUCUUAAAUAUGGAGAACUUGAUGAAAGAUAUGAAAAUCUUAAAAGAUAAAUUUCAUAAAAACUUUAUGAAGAAGAAAUCUAGGAUGAUUUAUAGAAAUUGAAAUUAAAGAAAAGUUGA